CCGCCCCAUCCGCUUCCGGACUGGUCUGGCGACACGAAUCUGCUGCACGGCUCUGAGUCCAGCUAGUCUUCUCUGGGGCCAUGGCAGCCCUUCGCGCCCUGUUGACCAGCGUCCGGCGCCCACUACGGUCUCUGUCCCACUUCCCCGCCCCGCGGCCGUUCGCGUCGGGUGCCAACUUUGAGUACAUCAUCACAGAAAAAAAGGGGAAGAAUAGCAAUGUGGGGCUGAUCCAGUUGAACCGCCCGAAGGCACUCAAUGCACUCUGUAGUGGCCUGAUCACAGAGCUCAACCAGGCCCUGGAGGCCUUUGAAGCGGACCCAGCCGUGGGUGCUAUCGUGCUUACCGGAGGGGAUAAGGCAUUCGCAGCUGGAGCUGAUAUCAAGGAAAUGCAGAACCAGACAAUGCAGGACUGUUACUCCCACAAGUUCCUGAGUCACUGGGACCAGCUGACCCAGGUCAAGAAGCCAGUCAUCGCUGCUGUCAAUGGCUACGCUCUUGGUGGGGGUUGUGAACUUGCCAUGAUGUGCGACAUCAUCUACGCUGGUGAGAAAGCCCAAUUCGGACAGCCAGAAAUCCUGCUGGGGACCAUUCCAGGUAAGGACAUGGCACCUGGGUGUGCACUCUGCAGCCUUGGUCCCUUUGUCUUCCUGCCUAUGCUGUUUGGUGUCAUGGAGAGCCUGGCCUGCGUGGCUGAGAGCAUAGUCUCCAUGAUAAGUGAAAUUGGUGUUCUGUUUCUUCAUGUUGUUCACCCCCCCCCCCUUUUUUUUUUUUCCCACAUUUUAGGUCUUGUAAGCAAGAUUUUUCCUGUUGAAAAAUUGCUUGAAGAAGCCAUUCAGUGUGCAGAAAAAAUUGCCAGCAAUUCCAAAAUUAUAACAGCCAUGGCCAAAGAAUCUGUGAAUGCAGCCUUUGAAAUGACAUUAACAGAAGGAAAUAAAUUGGAGAAGAAACUCUUCUAUUCAACCUUUGCCACCGACGACCGGAGAGAAGGGAUGACUGCGUUUGUUGAGAAAAGGAAGGCCAACUUCCAAGACCACUGAGAACCCGCGCCCUGCGCCAGAACCUGGGCCUUACUCCUCUACUGAGAGGAAAAAGCAGCUUGUCAGUGUAGAAGCAGAUCAAUCGUCUCCUUUCAAGGGGUUAGUAGUGUAGGUGAGCUGGGGUUGCUUGCUGGUGGCCGUGGGACUGUGGCCCGAGCUGGGGCUCUGCUGCCCCGCUGGCCUUCACUUGUCCGUCGGGAGAGUCAAGCACAUUGCUUUCAGACCAGAACACAUUCUUUGAGAUCAAAAGUUCUGCUCAGGAGCCUUCAGAGUGUUGAAUUUUUUACUUCACUUCAGGAACUGAGCUGCGAGAUUGCCCUGUUGUGCCGAGAUCGAGUCCAGAAGGACUGAGGUGACUGUCCACCUUGUCAUGGGGUGUGUGGCUGCUCAGGGAAAGAUGUUCCUGUCUAUUGAUUUGAACAGAAUAAUGCUGAUUAAAGUAACUACUUCAAGUUAGUUGUGCUUUACUUUUAAAGGGCUAAUACCCUAUGUAUUGGUUAAGGGGUUUUUUUGUGAUAAUGUUCAAUUAAAACUGAGGUUGGCAAAGUAAACUAUACCCAU